AUGUCCAAUACCGUGGCCAUCUUCUCGAUAUUCACCGGCCUGGCCACGGUAGCUGUUGCACUGAGACUGUUUACGAGGCUGCGGGUAGUGAAGACGGCAGGAUGGGAUGAUUGGUUGAUUGUGGUCGCGUUGUUGACAGACUAUGUCUUCUUCGCUUUUGCGAUACUUGAAACGCACUACGGCCUAGGAACCUCUCGGAAUGACCUCACCCAAUCGCAAAUAACCAAGCAACUCAAAGCCUUCUACCUCACGAUCCCCUUCUACAACCUAACCAUAAGCUUCACUAAGAUCUCCAUGCUGGCCCUCUACCUCCGCCUCCUCCCUAUGAUGAGCAAGUACCGCCUCACCGUGACAAUCAGCCUGUGCAUCAUCCCGCUCAUCGCGUUGUGGCUGGUCCUUAGCUCGUUUAUGUUUUGCAUUCCCGUGUCGGAUUUCUGGAGUCCCGUAUCGAAGCAGAGAUGCCUGCCGCAGUCGCUUUGGUUUUUGAAUGCCGCGUUGUAG